GCAUGAGGAAAGAGGAGGAGGAGGAGACACGGACGGAGCGCCAGACACAUGAUGAGGAUGAGAGUGACUCAACAUUCAGGUGCGGCGGCCUCUAAUGGGCGGAACUGAUCCCUGCGGCCGCUUACACACUAGUUGUCACUGUCCAAACUUCCCCAAAAACACCCGAAUCCCAGUAUACUGCAGUUGGACAUAUCGACACCGACUGACCAGCCCAGCAGGGACUUGAGCCAAGUCUUCCGUAUUUUUUCCUCCGGAGUGCUCGGGAGAUAUGUGGUUAAAAGUGGCCUCGAAUUAGGGCUUAAACCAAGAGGGAUGUAUCUCAAUUUCCCCUGUGAUCCUAGAUUCCUACAGUGACAUGGAGUAACACUUCUCCAGAGUGAGGGAAACUACAAGUCCAUUGGAUAACUGGGAUUAUUGUGAGCGAGAUGCCAUCUGCAUUUUUGUAACUUGUUUCUCCAACAAACCACCCUGUGCUCCAGAUGACUUUGUUUUUAACGCACACGUAACUCAGCAUUAUGAACACUAUCAGCAGUUAAAUAACUUAAGUGCUCACUUUAAUCUCAUUCAUUUGAUACUUCAUCUCAACAAUGUGGUAAACUGUUUGCACUAGAGGGUGAAUCAACAAAGAGGACAUUUCAAAUAGAUUAUAACUAUAAAUUCAGAAAGCUGUGGAAAUACAACUGGAAAUGUACAUUUCGUUUUAAGAUGAACUAGGAGUAUUGCCCUGAGAGUGUAAACGUAGCACAGGCAAUGCCAUGUCUAUGCAAAUGUCAGCUGUGAUUAAUAAACAGGAAUGCACUGGAAUCAGCUGGCAGCAGUAAGUUAGUUUUGCUGAUGCUUCAGUUCAAGCUUGACUCUGAGGAAAACUGGAAAGACAAGGAUAUGAUGCUUGCAGUGUUUCACCCAAAACACUCUACACUGAAUUUCCUGGCACUUUAAGACAUAGUAUAAGUGAUAUAGAGGAGCUGAAAGCUGUUAAACUUGUUUCAUGAGGACACAUUUUCAAAGACAAUUUGAAAAGACAGGAAACAGGAAUGGCAGGAAAAGACUACCAUCACCUCUUCAAGCUGCUCAUCAUUGGUGACUCCAAUGUAGGGAAAAGCAGUUUGCUUCUACGAUUUGCAGACAAUUCAUUCUCUGGCAGUUACAUAACAACUAUUGGAGUUGACUUUAAGAUCCGGACAGUAGAGAUUGAUGGAGAAAGAGUGAAACUCCAGAUCUGGGACACUGCAGGGCAGGAAAGGUUCAGAACCAUCACCUCUACGUAUUACAGAAACACUCAUGGUGUCAUCAUUGUUUACGAUGUCACAAACCCUGAAUCGUUCGUCAAUGUGAAACGAUGGUUGAAUGAGAUCUCACAGAACUGUGACAAUGUCUGCAAAAUCUUAGUGGGAAACAAGAAUGAUGACCCUUCUAAAAAGCUUGUGGACGCCCAAGAUGCUCUGCGCUUUGGAGAGUCAGUUAACGUAAGGUUAUUUGAGACAAGUGCUAAAGAAAAUAUCAACGUAGAGGAGAUGUUCAUGGCCUUUACCCACAUGGUCCUUCGGGCAAAGAAACACAGCCAGAGUCGAGCGGAAAGAGAGAGAGAGAGAGAAAAGGACACUGUUCAUAUCAAUUCUCACAGGGACCGAGAGAGGAGGAAGAAAGGGAAGAAAUGCUGUUAGAGUAAAGAUGCAGACAGAAAGAGGGACAAAUCAAACUCCUUUGCAUCAAGGCAGUUUGCAGCUCCAAACAUUUUUUUUUUAUGUUAGCAUUGCACUUGGAUAAAGACAAGAGGAUGAAAACUAAUCCGCUAUUAGGUGCUGAACAACACUUCAGCAUAUUUUUUACAUAAAUGUUUAUCAGUGUCAUAUUUGUUUUUUUUUAAAUGGGGCUUUACUUGCAUCAGCAGUCUGGUCAAGGAAAGACACUACCCACAAAACUUGUUCCACUGUGAUUAGUGAGAGAAAGUGUUUCAUGUUGGAUUAAAAUUUAGUUGGUUUAUGUCAGUAGUGUAUUAAAAUAAUAAAUUAGCAAUAAAAAUUGACUUUGAAAUUACAAAAGUCACAGCAAUGUUCAUUUUUAACAUCUUGGAAUUGUGAAAGUGGCAUGGCUUUCUCCCACCAACACUGCAAGUCAACCUGUUAUAAAAUAUGUUUUUCAGUCUUGAGUUAUUUUUGCCAUACAAAAUAAAUGGUGAAAGUUCUCAUGACUUCUGUUGUCAAGAUGAAUCAUUAUGUUUGCUGAACAUUAAAUAAUGUCCAUUCUUAAAGGAUGAAAAUGAAAAAUUCUCAUAUAUUCACCCUCAUGCCAUCCCAGAUGUUUAUGACUUUCUUCUGCAUAUACAGGCAGCAUAAAAGUAAGCCAUAAGACUCCAGUGGAUAAAUCUCUUCAGAAGCGAUAUGCUAGGUUUGGGUGAGAAACAGAUACAGAUACAGGGCAGUGGUAGCUCAGCGGUUAAGGCUCUGGGUUACUGAUCAGAAGGUGGGGGGUUCAAGCCCCAUCACCGCCAAGAUGCCACUGUUGGGCCCUUGAGCAAGGCCCUUGAACCUAUCUGCUCCAGGGGCGCCGUAUCAUGGCUGACCCUGCACUCUGACCCCAGCCUAGCUGGGAUAUGUGAAAAAGAAGAAUUUCACUGUAUAUGUGCAAAUGUAUAAUGUGUGAUAAAUAAAGAAAAUUAUUAAUUAGA